UCAUCUUGCUGCUCCUAGCUUGCUGAUAUAAUGCAUUUCUUGGCUAUAUUUAUACUCUUGGCAACUGCUACUUUCAGUGCAGUUACAUCCAAUGAAGAAGCACUUUCACUGGUUAAUGAAGAGAAAGUUAAUGACACUCUUGUCAAAUUAGUAUAUCUUCAGAUUUUACGUGGUAGAGAUGGUCGUGAUGGAGUACCAGGAAGAGAUGGAGUGAAAGGAGAGAGAGGAGAUAAGGGAGAGAAAGGAGAGAAAGGUGAAACUGGACCUGUUGGACCAGCUGGUCCUAAGUGUGGAGGAGUUGUGUACACUCGUUGGGGAAGGAAGUCCUGUCCUACUGGAGCUGAACUACUGUAUGAGGGAAUAACUGGAGGUGAAUCAAAUAACAGCCCUGGAGGUGGUGCCAACUAUGUCUGCUUGCAUAAGGAUCCCCAAUACUUAAGUUCUCAUACACCACCUUAUAGUAGUUUUAUGUACGGUACCGAAUAUGAAUGGUCUAAUGGUAUAUUUCCUGGGAAACAUGGCCACGAUGUCCCUUGUGCAGUAUGCUAUACAUCUACUAAGAGUGUUAAACUGAUGAUUCCUGCUAGAACCAGCUGUCCUUCAUCAUGGACUAUGGAAUACAGAGGAUACCUGAUGGCUGAAAGAGAUGCUCACAAAAGAAAUGCAGUCUAUGAGUGUGUUGAUGAAAAUGCUGAAUCUAUUGAUGGCAGUCACACCAAUAAUAUUGGUGCUACUUUUUUCUUUACUUUGUCAACCUGUGUUGGUCUACCCUGUCCUCCAUUUGUUAACAGAAGACCAAUUACUUGUGUAGUCUGUACCAAGUAACAUUAUUGAUUCUGAUUGCUUAAUUAGUUUGCUGAUUGUAAUAAAUAAUAUUGCUUCCUUGCACACAAGAUAACACAUAUGUGUGAAAGUAUGCAUGUGUGGCUAUACUUAAUGUAUUUUCAUUUGGCAUUAUUUUCAUUUCUAAGUUUUUUCAUUAAAUUUAUUUUCAUUGAAUUAACAUACUAAUCUGAGCGAUUAAACAAGUAAA